UUCUCCGUCGAUUCGUUCGAACCCCCGUCGCUAGGGUUUCCGUUUCCUUCUCCGACGACGAUCGCUUCCUCCUUCGAUUCGAGCGUUUUCCGAUGGACACGGACAAGAAGAUCAUCCUGUUGAGCUCCGAGGGCGACGCGUUUGAGGUGGACACCGCGGUGGCCAUGGCGUCGCAGACCAUCAAGCACAUGAUCGAGGACAGAUGCACAGAGGGCGGGAUCCCCCUCCCCAACGUCACCUCCAGGAUCCUUGCCAAGGUCCUUGAGUACUGCAAGAUGCACGUCAAUGACUACUCCGUGCUUUCCGACGACGUCACCAAGCUCGUCCCCGAAGAACUCACUGCUUGGGAUGCCGAAUUCGUUAGCGUCGACCAGGAAACCCUAUUCAGUAUUAUCUUGGCUGCAAACUACUUGCACAUCCAGAGGCUGCUGGAUCUGGCAUGCCAAUCUGUGGCUAACAUGAUCAGGGGCCAGACUACUGAAGAGAUCCGCAAGAUAUUCAACAUCAAGAACGACUUCGACCCGGAGGAAGAGGAAGAGAUUCGCAAGGAGAAUGAGUGGGCCUUCAUGUAACUCUUUGUCGAUGCAUCUGCUUCGUCCUUUAAACUCUCUGACAAUCGAAUAGUAUACACACUAGUCAUGUUGAGAUCUAGAUUCAGUAUUCCUUCGAAUACAUAUCAAAAGAACUGAACCUUCUUCUUAGAUAUCUGCUUGUGAAUCAUUUUGUUGAUUGGAUAUAUGUUUUUCUGAAAAUGUAGACAUGUGGCGUCUAUUUUACUACCUUCUGUACUCGAUAUGUUCUUUGCUUUAAA